ACCCACACACCCCCGGCACACCGGCGGCGCCAGCUAAAGGCUGGGGUCUUAUAAACGCUACCGUCCGCGCGCUCUCGGGCAGGAGGUAGCACGGGCGAGCUUGCAGAUCGCUGGCGGCGGUCCCGGAGUGAGCGCGCCGGGGAGUGGGAGGCCAAGCGACCGAGCGACAGCGGUCAGAAUCAGAGUCACAGUCGUAGUCGGAGUCUCGGGACCGGAGCAGGAGCCUGAGCCGGAGAGCGCCGCCCGCCCGCCCGCUGCCACCCGCGCACCCGGCGCUGCCAGAGCCACCAGCGCAGCGCGGCCAUGGAGCCCAGCAGCAAGAAGCUGACGGGUCGCCUCAUGCUGGCCGUGGGAGGGGCAGUGCUUGGCUCCCUGCAGUUUGGCUACAACACUGGAGUCAUCAAUGCCCCCCAGAAGGUGAUCGAGGAGUUCUACAACCAGACGUGGAUCCAACGAUAUGGGGAGCGCAUCCUGCCCACCACGCUCACCACACUCUGGUCCCUCUCGGUGGCCAUCUUCUCCGUCGGGGGCAUGAUUGGCUCCUUCUCUGUGGGCCUGUUUGUUAACCGCUUUGGCCGGCGGAACUCCAUGCUGAUGAUGAACCUGCUGGCCUUCCUGUCCGCUGUGCUCAUGGGCUUCUCCAAGCUGGGCAAGUCCUUUGAGAUGCUGAUCCUGGGCCGCUUCAUUAUCGGGGUGUACUGCGGCCUGACCACAGGCUUUGUGCCCAUGUACGUGGGGGAGGUGUCCCCCACGGCCCUUCGUGGGGCCCUGGGCACCCUGCACCAGCUGGGCAUCGUCAUCGGCAUCCUCAUCGCCCAGGUGUUCGGCCUGGACUCCAUCAUGGGCAACGAGGACCUGUGGCCCCUGCUGCUGAGCAUCAUUUUCAUCCCAGCCCUGCUGCAGUGCAUCGUGCUGCCCUUCUGCCCCGAGAGCCCCCGCUUCCUGCUCAUCAACCGCAACGAAGAGAACCGGGCCAAGAGUGUGCUGAAGAAGCUGCGCGGGACAGCCGACGUGACCCAUGACCUGCAGGAGAUGAAGGAGGAGAGCCGGCAGAUGAUGCGGGAGAAGAAGGUCACCAUCCUGGAGCUGUUCCGCUCGCCCGCCUAUCGCCAGCCCAUCCUCAUCGCCGUGGUGCUGCAGCUGUCCCAGCAGCUGUCGGGCAUCAACGCUGUCUUCUAUUACUCCACCAGCAUCUUCGAGAAGGCGGGGGUGCAGCAGCCUGUGUACGCCACCAUCGGCUCCGGCAUCUUCAACACGGCCUUCACCGUCGUGUCGCUGUUUGUGGUGGAGCGAGCUGGCCGGCGGACCCUGCACCUCAUAGGCCUGGCUGGCAUGGCGGGCUGUGCCGUGCUCAUGACCAUUGCGCUGGCACUGCUGGAGCAGCUUCCCUGGAUGUCCUAUCUGAGCAUCGUGGCCAUCUUCGGCUUUGUGGCCUUCUUUGAAGUGGGCCCUGGCCCCAUCCCAUGGUUCAUUGUGGCUGAACUCUUCAGCCAGGGUCCUCGUCCUGCUGCCAUUGCUGUCGCUGGCUUCUCCAACUGGACCUCAAAUUUCAUUGUGGGCAUGUGCUUCCAGUAUUUGGAGCAACUGUGUGGUCCCUACGUCUUCAUUAUCUUCACUGUCCUCCUGGUUCUGUUCUUCAUCUUCACCUACUUCAAAGUUCCUGAGACUAAAGGCCGGACCUUCGAUGAGAUUGCUUCUGGCUUCCGGCAGGGGGGAGCCAGCCACAGUGACAAGACACCCGAGGAGCUGUUCCACCCCCUGGGAGCUGAUUCCCAAGUGUGAGGCACCCCACACCACCAGCCCGGCCUGUUCUCAGCAGCCCCAGGGAGCUCUUGGGGGCACAGGCAGCUGGAUGAGACUUUCAAACUGACAGAUCUCAGCCAAGCCGGGCCUGGGGCUCUUUUCUUCAGCCAGCAGUGAUGUCCAGAAGAAUAUUCAGGACCUUAAUGGCUCCAGGAUUUUAACAAAAGCAAGACUGUUGCUCAAGUCUAUUCAGACAAGCAACAGAUUUUAUAAUUUUUUUAUUACUGAUUUUGUUACUAUUUUUUUAUCAGCCUGAGUCUCCUGUACCCACACCCCAGGCUUCACCCUGAAUGGCUCAGAACCUGAGGGUGGGGACCAAGCCCUGUCCAGACACUUGCCUUCUUCACCAAGCUAAUAUGUAGGGCUGGACCUAUGACCCAAGGACACACUAAUCGAACUACGAACUACGAGGCUUCUACCCCAGGAGGUGGCUGUGGCCACCCCUUCUGCAGGCCGGGAUCUCCCUGCCCUGGGGGUUAGGCUCCAUUAGGAUUCGCCCAUUCCCAUCUCUUCCUACCCAGCCACUCAAAUUAACCUUUCCUUGCCUGAGACCAGUUGGGAGCACUGUGAGUGCAAGGAGGAGAGGGGAAGGGCCAGACUGGGCUGCCAGGUUCUAGUCUCCUUUGCACUGAGGGCCAGACUAUCGCCAUGAGAGGAGGGCCUAUAGGAGGCUGAGAACUCACUGCUCAAGAAGACACGGACACUCCUGCCCUGCUGUGUAUAGAUGGAAGAUAUUUAUAUAUUUUUUUGGUUGUCAAUAUUAAAUACAGACACUAAGUUAUAGUAUAUCUGGACAAACUUGUAAAUACACCACCUCACUCCUGUAACUUACCUAAACAGAUAUAAAUGGCUGGUUUUUAGAAA